UAUUUAACUUGAGGUACUGGCUUAAAUUUUAUCCUUUAAUAUUUAACAAUGUCGAAAGUUUUUAAAAUUAGAUGAAGAAUAAAGAGAUCCCCUCAAAAGGAUAAUUUUUAGGAUGGAGUCGAACUCAUCCCCAAUAAAAUUUUGAUGGAGAGAGUAAUAGUCGAAUUUUUCAAAUAAAAACCCCCGAUAAAGAUAACAUUAUUUGAUAUUUUAUAGGUUUCGAAAAGACGAAUCCAAUAACCCGCAUUUGUCAUAAUAAUUUUAUUUUCAAAAAACAAUAAGUACAUUGUACUUUGAAAAUUUGUUCUUUGAAAAUAAAAUUAUUAUAACAAAUUACAAAAAAAGUACCAUUGUUAUUAAUCUAUCCAUUUUACAAAUAUGAGUUGCAGUAAAAAAACCAUUGCAAUUCGUAAAAUUGAAUGGUGUUAUUGUAUUAGGCAGAAAAGAAGUUGAUGUUGUAACCAAAAAUUAUUGAAUAUGUAGCAUUUGGAUAAUUUAUUAUUCUAUCAACUUAAAUUUGACAACAAAAGUUGGAAUGCAAUACAGACACCUAAAUAAAGAUUAUGACAUGCGUUAUUUCUGGUAACGUGGUUUUUUGAAUUUGUUGUUUAAACAAAUUUUCAGCAACAAAUUCACCGAUGUUCAAGCAUUUGAUUAUUGAAAUGUAAUUUUGGAUUACCUAGAUGUAAUUUAAAGUCAAAACCAUGUCCCAGAUCGCUGGCGCUUAUUUGUUAUAGACGAUUAUUUUUUUAUUAUAAACAAAAAAACGUAAAAAAAUUGUUUUCAAAAAUAAAUUUUUUAACUCGAUAUUCAUAAACUACGUGAAUUGACAAAGAUUCCCUGAAAAUUUCAUGUCUCUAUCAUUAAAACUCGAAAAGUUAUGCAAUUUUGAACAUUAAAAAAAACCGAUUUUUUAAUAAAAAAUAUUAUAAAUUACUGGUAGCGAUCUCUAAAACUUGUUCGAUUUUGCUCAACUUUUGAGGAAAAUUUUUUUUUUAGGUAAGCUUUGAUAUUUUGGGAUGCGUCGCAAAAAAUAAAAAAAAAAAGGUUUUUUUGAAUCACCCUAAUGUAUAUAUAUAAAUACGACAAACUAACAAAUUGCAGCUGUUCAGAAUGAACGUCAACCAAGGAACACUGCUACAAUCAGACCGGAAGCACUUGUUGAGAUGGACCAAGAACGAGCGCUGCGCGAAGCCGCCGUCGCCGUAGGCGUCUUCGGACCGCCGGUGUCCUUAGCUAUGGCGAGAUAUACCACGCCACUACCUCUGCCUACAGUCGCACCGACGACAAAUUCCACAAACAACGCGGCAACACCACCUCGACAAGACAACGAGGACGGAAACGCAUCCGAGGACAGCAUAGACGUAACCAACGAGGAGCCGUUGACGCCUCAGCGGAGUGGAUGCACACAGCUUCCACCAGUGCUGCCGUCGUUAUACUCACCAGCGAGUGCUGAAACGGUUUACGAGACCAGCGCGAGGCUGCUCUUCAUGGCGGUCAAAUGGGCGAAGAAUCUUCCCUCCUUCGCUGGCUUGCCAUUUAGAGAUCAGGUAAUACUCCUGGAAGAAGUUUGGUCAGAGCUGUUCCUAUUAAAUGCGGUUCAAUGGUGUCUGCCGCUCGAAUCUUCGCCUCUCUUUAGCGCCGCCGAGCUAACUGCUCUGACCCUCUCGCCUCAUCCGCAUCCGCACUCGGGGCUGCAUCUGCAAACCACCACGGGAAAGCCCAGCCAAGUGGCGGCGGACGUCAGACACCUGCACGACACCCUGCAGAGAUACAAGGCGGUCAUGGUCGAUCCUGCGGAAUUCGCCUGCAUGAAGGCCAUCGUUCUCUUUCGCCCAGAAACCCGCGGUUUGAAGGACUCGAGCCAAAUUGAGAACUUGCAGGAUCAGGCACAAUUAAUGCUCGGACAUCAUGCGCGUGCUCAACAACCGAAUAGUCCAGCCCGCUUCGGCAGGUUGCUGUUGCUGCUGCCGUUGCUGCGAACAGUUCCAGCUGCAAGAGUGGAAUUGAUCUACUUCCACAGGACUAUUGGGAACACGCCGAUGGAGAAGGUCCUUUGUGACAUGUACAAAAACUAAAAUCAUCUUAGACACCAAAGGACUUCGCUACACGAACGCCACACAAUAAAAUGCAAAUACCACACGAUCCAAAGUAUUCGGCGCUAGAACGAGAACGAGAUUCAUGAGAGGCGAAAUUAAUUAUCAAAGGAAAACAGCAAAGACUGGCGGGCGAGGCUUUUCUAAAUGAAAGGAUCAAGGAGCAGGGCGCGCGAACUUUGUUUCACGAUCAGGCCUAAGGACAAAGUCUUAAGUCCCUCUGUAAUGAUUGUGAGGAUUCCAAUUGGCGAGUAUCUCUAUCGUACAAACGCGAGGCACUGAAAGAAUGGCAUCGCUAACGAAUAAAAACGGCAACUAAAGUCGACCGAGGGGCACUCAAUUGCGGCGUAAAUAUACACACAUAGAUAUAUACAUGUAUUUAUUUAUUAUAGACAUAUUUAUCGGGCGUUAGGCUCGGCACGUUGAUAGCACAUUUUCCGUUUUUCGUAGAAAGUCAAUGAAUUAAUCCGAAAAGACAUUUCGCUUUUUUCCUAUCUUCCUUCUUUUUUUUUUUUAAUUUAAAUUUGUCAUAAAGGCUACGGUCAACGUAACGCUACAAAUGCUUCGAAG